CACAUUUAAGUAUUUCAAGGUUGGUGUGUAUGUGUCUAUAUGUAUAUAUAAUAUCAGAUACUUCAGGGUAGCAUACUAUCAGUGCAUUGGUUUUGCCGUCUAUAGUAUCUCACAGAUACCAGCAGAUUGCUAGCCGCCAUCAUGUAAGAUUUUCCUUAUUUCAGGUUCGAUGCUACAAAAAGAACAAUGGAACCAAAAUAAGGUUUUGCAAUUUUGUGGGGGGGGAACGCAUGCUAUACCAUACAGAAAGGAAAAUAUGAAUGUAAUAGUAUGAACUAUGUAUUAUUAACUGAACACAAGGCUUAUGUCAUGCAACACAAAGUCUCUUACAACGUUUGAAAGGUCCAGACAUGUUUUUUAACGCUUACAUAAUUGCUAGAUAGGCAAACAAGUCACAGCUUGUAUUAAUACAUAUGCAGAGAAAUAAACAUUUUUGUUGCGAGUUAAAAUGCACAAAUCAAAUCAUUACUACUUUGUUUACUACGGCGACCCGACUAUGAAUAAUGUAUACGUCCUCGGCAUGCAAAUGACCGUUGCAUGUCAGGAGCCCCCUGGAUGGGGCCCCACGCGUUCUCCCCAUCUCCAGUGCCGCUGGUACCGCCUCCUCCCCUCCUUCCUCCUUUUCCAGUUUCUGCUUGUUUGGUAUGCUGGCCGGAGCGUCAGCAGCUCUGUAAGCCGGGCUUGUUUGUGUGGGAGAGCGACAGAAAUGGAUCGCGUUUCCAGCAUGUCUGUAUGUAAGGUCGCGGCACAUGCUCAGUCGGCUCUGCUGGAAGGGGAAGUUAAGGCUGAGGUCAUAGCACAAGCUCAGUAAAAAUCCCUGAAAGGCUGCGCGCUCCUCCAUUUUGAGUACUAAUAGGGGAAACUGGUAAUUUAUUUCAGCCAUACCAGGAAAUCUGUCAACAUUAAAAAGAUACACCCGGGUGUCUGAAAUGGACGACUUGUUCAGUCCGCGAAGUGGAGGUGACAUGACGAAAGGUCGACGUACAACUGCAUUCGCCUAGUUGUCAAGCAACGUUCAAGCUUGGCAGCGGAGAUCUGGAGCUCUGACUGCGGCUAUUAACGUUAAGGCCCAUCGCUGUGUUUAUGUAACCCUUGGAGGGAGUGUUUCAGUGAUGUAACGAUUGGCUGGUAUUGAUAAAAAGGGCGGGACUAGCGGUGAUUGCUGUGUCAAUCGUCGAUUCAAAACGUCGGAUUUGUUUUGUUUUGACACGGUGUGGUUGAUAAAUAGUCACAUUUGUCGCUUUAUUAAAAAAUACUUAAACAGAGAAUCGAACUGAGCCAUUAAAUGUUAUUUCAGGUGCAAAAUGCAUAUAUGUAAUCAACCCAUAACUUAGUGUAACAUUUAUUAAUACCACUUGAGUUGUGCUUAGAGUACUUUUUAUUAACAACAAAACCCAGAACAGUUGGACUAUUUAAAUAUUUAUAUAUGGGCCUGAUUGACUUAAAUUUGGUCAGUUUCAAUGUACUCUAAAGGUUUGACUAUCAUUUUGAUGUUUAUUAUUUGAAUUCUGCUUUAACUCAAAUAUAUUUUUCGAAGUUGUUUAAAGCUCUACAAAUAUUUUUAUAAACAUAAAUUCGCCAUUUAAAAUUAAUUUCUUCAGAGCCGAAGUGUGAAAAAAUCAAUUUAAUAUAGUCAAUUAUAAAUGAAACUUAUUUCAUAGUUAGAGUACAAAUGUAAAAACCUCACAAGCAACAAAGGUUCUGACCUUUGAUAUGUAGAAAUUUAGAUCAGUCCAUUGUAGUCCUCUAGAGAUUUGUCAGUCUAAAUGCUAGAAUUUGGUAAUGCUGGCAUAUACAUAUUUAAAAAUCAAGCCAUAAGUACCCAUAACUGUGCAAACAUUUAUUGAAUACCUCAUUCCUGGACACUAAAAACAAUUUCUAAUCAAGCUGAACUUUUCACGUGGUCAUCUGAUGAUGAUGGUUGUAUGAUUUAUUGUGGACACUGUUCCCAGAUUAUGCGACAUACUCCUUAUCCGCAACAGAUUACUAUACAUAUAAUACAAAGCAGCUUACAAUUAUUGUUCUUUGGAAAAUAUAUGACCACAAAAGUGCUGGGUUGCUAGCACCCAGAACGUGGGUUUUAAGUGCUAUACUUUUUAGCAGCGAUCGACCGCUUUUUUUACCCUUACUAAAAUGUUUCCUGAAAGUCCUAUGGACAAAAGGGUUAAAUUAGAAGAGAACAAACAUAAACGACUAUGCACAUAACUGGCAUGCAAGUACGCAUUCACCUUUAUAAGCGAAACAUGCGGCAAUAGAUUGUUGAAAGAUCGCCAAUGCAUUCGUAUUUUAUGUGCAUUUGCUCUAUGACAAGAAAUUGUGAAGUAUGAAUUAGCAUUUAAAGGCUAAAAUGUAGCAUAAUUUCUUGUCACAUGCAUACAAAUGCACUUAAAAUAAGUACACAUUUGCAACUGCUUCAACAAAUGAUUGCCGCACGUAUCGUCUUUAUAGCUGAAUGCUUACUUGCGUACCAGAUAUGUGCAUCCCUGAACAUAAAACAAUUAUCACACAAGCUUGGUUACGUUAAAUAAACUAAUAAAAAUAAAACAAUUCCAGUAAGGAAAGAAAUAGAGAUUCUGCAGCUAAUGCUGCUCGGACCCCUAGUUUCUGUAAACAAUCUCUGACCAUAAAAUAGGUGGGUAAUUUACUUAUAACUCGGCAACAGAAUUGUUUUCUUUUUUUUUUCGUACCGUGAAUGUAACGUUUUCCUUGGAUUCCACAUGUGGGUUUGUGGGCAGUUACACUGGACCACUUCAUUUUGGUGAGUAUGGCUGGUACGUGAGCAGCAUGGCACUUCUGAUUGGUAAGAAUCACUGUCACACAAGGAGAACGGCAUGAAUUUUCAAAGCCAUUCUCACGAGUUUUAAACCUUAAGAUGUUUUGUAUAAUGUAUACCCUAAAUCGCGUUGUUUCACAUUAAAUUUUCGAUUUGAAAUCGAUAAAUCAUUCAGUCCUAAUGUUCACGUUCGGUCUAUUUUUUAAACGGUCUUGUUUGCCUCUCCUUUUCUACUGAUUAUUUUUGGAAAACAUCUUCGUUAUAGUAAUACUCCACUAUUUCUGCAUUAAUAUCUCUUCUCUUGGCACCAGGUUUCAGGAUUCAUUUGAAAUCAAACACAACUCUGGCGACUGAACAGCACGCAAGGGGAAAUCCGAGUGGGUCCCAGUCAUCAAGCCAAGCUUCCAGAGCUGCAGGCCUUCCCACCUCUGAGUAACCAUCCUGUGACUGAGAAUGAAGAGCUGGUCUGGAUGCCAGGGGUUAAUGACUGUGACUUGCUCAUGUAUUUGCGAGCUGCCAGGAGCAUGGCUGCGUUUGCGGGAAUGUGCGAUGGAGGUUCGACAGAGGACGGAUGUUUAGCUGCUUCACGAGAUGACACAACACUAAAUGCAUUAAAUACUCUACAUGAAUGUAACUAUGAUGCAGGGAAGGCCCUCCAGCGUCUGGUCAAGAAACCUGUGCCCAAGCUAAUUGAAAAGUGCUGGUCUGAGGAUGAGGUGAAACGGUUCAUUAAAGGCCUAAGACAGUACGGAAAGAACUUCUUCAGGAUUCGGAAGGAACUGCUCCCCAACAAGGAAACGGGCGAGUUGAUUACGUUCUAUUACUACUGGAAAAAGACUCCCGAGGCUGCAGGAUCCCGGGCUCAUCGGCGACAUCGCCGGCAGCCCAUUUUCCGCAGGAUCAAGACGCGCACUGCUUCCACUCCUGUCAACACUCCCUCCCGGCCCCCAUCCAGCGAGUUCUUGGAUCUCAGCUCAGCCAGUGAGGAUGACUUUGACAGUGAGGACAGCGAGCAGGAGCUGAAGGGCUACGCCUGCCGUCACUGCUUCACCACCACCUCGAAGGACUGGCACCACGGGGGGCGCGAGAACAUCCUGCUCUGCACAGACUGCCGGCUGCACUUCAAGAAGUACGGAGAGCUGCCACCCAUCGAGAAGCCGGUCGACCCGCCACCGUUUAUGUUCAAGCCCGUGAAGGAGGAGGAGGAUGGGCCUGGCGGGAAGCACAGCAUGAGGACUCGACGGAGCCGGGGCUCGAUGUCAACUCUGAGAAGUGGUCGUAAGAAACAGACUUCCAGUCCCGAUGGAAGAGCGUCGCCCACAAACGAAGACCUGAGGUCCAGUGGUAGGACGUCACCCAGCGCCGCCAGCACCUCCAGCACUGACAGCAAGACGGACUCCAUGAAGAAGCCCAUCAAGAAGAUUAAAGAGGAGGUAUCUUCCCCAAUGAAAAGUUCCAAACGGCAGCGAGAGAAAGGUGCUUCAGAUACAGAGGAGACUGAGAGGGCAACAGCAAAGAAGUCAAAGACUCAGGAGUUAAGCCGUCCGGAUUCCUUGUCGGAAGGCGAGGCCGAGGGUGAGGGUGAGAGCUCGGACAGCCGCAGUGUGAACGACGAGGGUAGCAGCGACCCCAAAGACAUCGACCAGGACAAUCGCAGCUCGUCACCCAGCAUCCCCUCCCCGCGGGACAACGAGAGCGACUCCGACUCCUCUGCCCAGCAGCAGCUUCUGCAGGCUCAGCACCCUCCUGUCAUCCAAGCCCAGGCUGGAUCCCUGCAGGCUGCCCCAGCUCAGGCUCUGCUCCUGCAGCUCCCCCCAGUUAAUCCUUCCUCCCAGGCCCAGCCAGUUUUGGCAUCUAACCCCCAGACCUCCAUGCCGCCACAGCAACCCCAGGUAGCUCCGCAUUCCCUCAUCCAGGGCGGCCCCCCCCUGCACCCUCAGAGGCUGUCCUCCCCUGAUUCGCCGCUGCAGGGCCUGUCUCAGGGCUCUUCUUUGUGCCAGCCAGGUCUACAGCCUAUCCAGGCACCGCUGCACAGCCAGCUGCAGUCCAUGCCGCACCCACUGCAGCCUGGUCCCUCCCAUUUGCCACACCCACUGCCCCCUCAGUCGUUCCCCUUGUCCUCUCAGUCGCAGGUUCCUCCCCAGCUGCCCCCACCUCUCCCCGGCCAGCCUCCCAUUUCCGGGCAUUCUCAGCAGCUCUCUCCGCACACACUGCAUUCCCAGGCGCAGUGCUCCGUGCCGGGCCCAGCUCAGCCCCCCCGAGAGCAGCCACUGCCGCCGACACCCAUGUCCAUGCCUCACAUCAAGCCUCCUCCGACCACUCCCAUCCCGCAGAUCUCCACCCCACAAUCCCAUAAGCACCCUCCACACCUGUCUGCACCACCUUUCCCACAGAUGCCCUCAAAUCUCCCCCCGCCACCAGCCCUCAAGCCCCUCAGCUCACUGUCUACGCACCACCCACCGUCAAGCCACCCCCCGCCGCUGCAGCUCAUGUCCCAGAGCCAGCAGCUGCAACCCCCUGCGGCUCAGCCCCCUGUGCUCACACAGUCCCAAAGUCUAUCCUCCAGCAGCCUCCCCCCUCCCCCGAUUCCUCCUCUGCCUUCCUCAGCAUCCUCCACCUACCCUGUUCCCUCUCAGCCUACCUUCUCCACGCACCCCUUCAUCCCCAGCGGGCCGCCUUCCUCUGCUCCUCCCUCUUCCUCGGCUUCCAUGCCCAUCCUGCAGCCCCCACAGUCGUCUUUGGCCACGCCUCUGUCGGGCAGCUCUUCUGCGGGGGCUCCUCCCGUGCAGAUCAAGGAGGAGCCGCUUGAUGAGUCAGAAGAGCCAGAAAGCCCACCGCCUCCUCCCCGGAGUCCCUCCCCUGAGCCCACCAUCGUCAACACGCCAAGUCACGCCAGUCAGUCGGCACGGUUCUACAAACACCUGGACAGAGGGUACAACUCCUGUGCUCGGACAGACUUCUACUUCACCCCCCUGGCAGCUUCCAAGCUGGCCAAGAAGAGGGAGGAGACGCUGGAGAAGGCCAAGCGAGAGGCAGAACAGAAAGCUCGAGAGGAGAAGGAGAGGGAGAAGGAGCGGGAAAAGGAAAAGGAGCGAGAGAGGGAAAGGGAGCGCGAGCGGGAAGAGAGAGUGGCGAAGUGCUCCAGCACUUCCCAUGAGGGCCGGAUGAACGAGCCACAGAUGGUGGGCCCCACCCACAUGCGCCCAUCCUUCGAGCCCCCAACCACCAUAGCCACCGUGCCGCCCUACAUCGGGCCGGACACCCCCGCGCUGCGCACGCUGAGCGAGUACGCCCGGCCGCAUGUCAUGUCGCCCACGAACCGCAACCACCCCUUCUUCGUGUCUCUGAACCCCGCUGACCCGCUGCUGGCGUACCACAUGCCGGGUCUGUACAGCGCCGAACCGGCCCUCCGGGAGCGGGAACUGAGGGAGCGCGAGAUGCGCGAGAGGGAGAUCCGCGAGCGAGAGCUGCGGGAGCGCAUGAAACCCGGCUUUGAGGUGAAGCCGCCUGAACUGGACGGCCUGCACCCCGGUGCCAACCCCAUGGAGCACUUUGCGCGGCACGGUGCGCUGACACUGCCGCCCAUGGCCGGCCCACACCCUUUCGCCUCCUUCCACCCGGGCCUCAAUCCCCUGGAGCGGGAGCGGCUGGCGCUGGCCGGACCCCAGCUGCGGCCCGAGAUGAGCUACCCGGAGCGGCUGGCAGCUGAGCGACUUCAUGCCGAGCGCAUGGCCUCUGUCGCUAAUGACCCCAUCGCCCGCCUACAGAUGUUCAACGUGACGCCGCACCACCACCAGCACUCGCACAUCCACUCGCACCUGCACCUGCACCAGCAGGACCCCCUGCACCAAGGUGGUGGUGAAUGUCUUGUGUGUCCCCCAGGUUCUGGGGCCCAUCCGCUAGUUGACCCCCUGGCAGCUGGACCCCACCUGGCCCGGUUCCCCUACCCACCUGGCGCCAUCCCCAACCCCCUGCUGGGCCAACCUCCCCAUGAACAUGAGAUGCUACGUCAUCCCAUGUUUGGUAACCCAUAUGCACGAGACCUCCCUGGAGCAUUGCCCCCACCCAUGUCAGCUGCGCACCAGCUGCAGGCUAUGCAUGCACAGUCAGCUGAGCUGCAGCGGCUGGCCAUGGAACAGCAGUGGCUGCACGGGCAUCACCACAUGCACGGGGGUCCACUGCCGGGCCAGGAAGACUACUACAGCCGCCUGAAGAAAGAAAGUGACAAGCAGCUCUAACUUCCUAACGAGCGUGAGGCCUCAGAGAAACGGAAACAUGGGACACUGACUGUCAGUGCAGAUCUGGGGAGCUCUUUCCUUUCCAGGAAGCAUAUAGGAAAGGACUCCAUGAAGAUCUUUUUUUUUUUUUUUUGCUUUGUGCUUUUUUUUUUUUAAACAUUAAUUUGAUGUAUACUUUUUGAGUAUAGACAUCUGCAAGACUGUUUGACUUCACUGCAUGAAAUACUCAAACAUUCCUACGGUUUUUGUAGGCGCUCAAAAAAAAAGAAAACCAACCGUACUGGUCACCUUGUCACUGUGCUUAACGUAAACAGAGCAGUUAAGCCAUUACAUCCGAAACUUUAAAAGUGCUUUCUGAAAUUCAGAUUAUUUUAUUACAUAGGAUAGUUCCCUCCCAUCAACAAAGAUAAAAAUGUUAAGCAUGGCUUUUUUGGGUUUGUAAAUAAUAUAUAUUAGGUGUGAACUUCUAACACAGAUGUUAAGCCUCCAAUAUUGUAAUUAUCAAGCAUUAUCCCUUUGUCUCAAAGGGGAGCACGAUGGCAUUAUUUGAGCAGGAAACGGGCAAAUAGCAUUAAAAGUACCGAGUGGUUGUAGCUCAUCACCACAACUCAAGACGGGGGGGUGUCUUCUGUCAUCUUUCAGAACCGAGACAUUUGGAGACUUUAAUUUCUUCUGCUUGGCUGUAAAGAUUUAUUACAGUGUCGGUCUGACUUAGUGUUUCACGAUGUCUAAAGAGGAGAGAUCCUGUGAUCGGCGACGCAGUAUCAGUGAGGAAUCCAGGGAGCCAUAUGCACUGAAUAUACUACAUAUAUAUCACCAUGGCUUUGGUUUAAUCAAACAUGCACUUUUAACAUAUUGGUAAUAUUGCUUCAUGGGGAAAAAAACAUUUCUUGCAUUGAUAUUUAUUGAAUGGGACAGGUGACAUUUAUUUAAAUAAAUUGCAGUGCUGAUGGUGCCAGCUACCUGUCCUUCUUGAUCUUUCCUCAGCAGAACACUGUGGACAUAAUGGGAGUAAACACUUCAACAGACGUCAUCGGCAUACUUGCUUUUAAGUCACAGAAAUUUGUGUGAAUGAAACUAAAUCUUGUAAUUAGUUCACUUUCUAUCCUCUCGGCUUUCCUGACUGACAUAAUAGGGCUUUAAAAAAAGAUCUUGAAAUGAAACAACAUUUCUGGUACCAUUUUCACUGUGAUGUGAGGCAUGCACCAGACAGACACGAUUGGCUGCAUGGGAGGUUGUGUUGAAGGAGCGGAUCUGGAACCCGGGACAUAACUUAAAUCAGCCAGUCAGUAGUUUCUCUCGAUGUGGUUAAUUGCUUCUUCCUGGUGUGUCUUCUGUGGAGCUGAGGGCAGUCUAUAUGCCACUGCAGACUGUUAUGCUAGUAAAUAUAAUACAUAUUCAGACUUGUAUGUCAGUCUUCUUACUUUUUAUGAACAUCAGAGAUGUGCUUGAAAUAACAUUGAGUUUUAUUAUGACAAAUGAAGUUCAGAUCCAGUUCACUAAUAUUAAAUAUCCCAUCGAAAUAAGUGGAUAACCAAUUGGAUUGCUUCCUGCGGCUUCAGUUUGCCUGUCUCUGUCUUGAUACCAUGUUCUCCUCACACCCCCAUGAUUUUUUAAAACCUUUUUUGCCUUUGUGUAUCAAGCCUAUAAUGUUGAGUGUUGUCAUUUAGUUUCUUGUUUCAGAGUGGCAGUAACAGAAUGUAAAUUCAGACUGCUAAAAAUUUAUAUAUAUACCGGUAUCUUGAAGCUUAUUGUAUAUAUUAGUAGUUCACCAUGGGAUAACACAAUGUAAACAAAAGGUAGAAAUUAAUUAAAAAUUUGUGAGUCCUGUGUUUUCUCCAUUUAAGUAUUUUGUAAUUUUUUUGAAAAAAUUGUGGAAUUGAAAUAAACUUAAGUUACACCACA